AUGCCAGAAGAAAUGGUGAUGCAGAUCUUGUCAUGGCUGCCUCCGAAAUCUCUGAUGCGAUUCAGAUGCGUUCAUAAAUCGUGGUACAAUUUCAUAAAUGACCCCAACUUUGUGGAUGUCCACCUCUCCAAAUCCGUAGACAACAGAUGUUCAUCCAAGACCUCAACUUGUGUCCUUUUCAAGCGUUGUGUCCUCAACGAUGAAGCAAAUCAUAUUUUGUUGUCACUUGUUGAUCUUAGCAAUGACAACGAUGAUGUUCAAAUUCAAUCUAAUUCUAUCCGAGACCUCAACCUUAAUAAUGUUCCUCCACUUUCUGUAGGGCUAAGGCACGAAUGUUUGGUAGGGCUAAGGCACGAAUGUUUGGACAUUGCAGGCCAUUGCCAUGGGAUUAUUUGUCUAACUGAUUUCUCUGAGAAUGUUUUUCUGUGCAACCCAGCUCUAAAGCAACUCAAGCUUCUUCCCAAGUCAUGCCUUCGUCUACCUCAACCUCCCCCGAAAACCCUGAACAGAUUGCAGUCGACAGGGGUAGCUGUGGGAUUUGGCUACGACAGCAGAGCCAGGGUUUACAAAGUUGUUCGAAUCGUAAUGCAUUUUGAGGGGUUUUGGAUCUUGUUCUUCCCUCACAUGGCAGAGGUAUAUACCAUGAGCUCUAACUCUUGGAGAGAGAUCAAGACUGAUAUACCAAGCACUGUGGUUUGGUCUUCUUCUUCUUCCCAAAUCUACUUCAAGGGUGUUUACUAUUGGUUUGCCUUGGAGCUGGACAAGCAAACCCUAGACGAAAACAAGAAAGUCAUGCUCUCCUUUGACAUGGACGACGAGUUAUUUUUCGAUACGCCGGUGCCGGAUAGUUUACAAGAUUCAGAAGAAAACUAUGGAAGCCUUGGAGUGUGGAAUGAAUCCAUUGCUCUGUUUUCUUAUCACGUAGAAAGUGGGGUUUCUAAAUUCAUAGACAUAUGGGUGAUGGAUGGUUUUUGUGGUAUCAAGGGUUGUUGGACAAAACACUUAACCAUCGAACCUAUAGCAGGCAUUGGGAUGCCGUUGACAUUUUGGAACAGUAAUGAGCUUCUUCUAGUUGCCACGGAUGGAUAUGUAGUUUCCCACAAUUUCGAUACCAAAGUGCUUAGAAAUCUUCCUAUUCAUGGUGUGCUUUUUGAACAUUUUCAAGCUGUGCUUUAUACAAGUAGCCUCAUUUCGGUUAAUUGA